GCGGCUGCGUAGUAUCCUUCUCUAGGCAACAGUGACGUUCAGCGUCGGUCCGUAGCGUUCUGGGGUCCUUUAGCUACCGCCACGACAAUUUAGCUGACCUUAAUAUUUCCUGUGUUUUAUUUUGGUCAUUAUUGUUAAACUUAGUGUUGAUGUGUGUGUGAUAGGCGUUUCUAUCGGACAAUUAUGUAUUGGUUCAAUACGGGACGCACAUUUAACGGCCAAAUAUGGGACGACUCCGUAUUUUAUAGGAUGGGUGGCAACCUGAUUCAGGGGUGCUGAGAUACAGUUUUAGGGGUGCCAAACCCCCCUAAAACAGGCCUAGAUACGCCACCGAAACAGAACAGACGAAGGAAGAGCUGGAUGCUGAGUUUGAGAAGUUCCUGAAACAGCAGCCCAGUUCGGCUCGACUCGGCUCUAUUUCGGAGUGACCGCUUUUCCACUGGCCCGUCUCGGCUCAGGAGCAAGAGACUUUGUUCAUUGAGAGAAAACAGCAUUUAUUUUUCUUCUGUCUGCUUCAACUCUCACUGGAGCUCUGCUAUCGCUGCUGGUAGCUGCUUCCUCCUGAAGGAGAUCCAGUUGUUAUCACGGUUCUCCUCAUUUUUCACCAUCAUGUCAGCCAUGUUCCUCUACUUCUGCGAUGAAGUAAAACACAUGAAAUGAAACUUCCACAGUCUGUUUCAGAUGACUCAGUGGAUUUAGGCAGCCCUGACAAGCAGCCCAAAACUAGAAGCAGCCAGAAAUCCAGUCAGAAACCGACAGUUUCAUGGUGGCAAGAUAAUGAAAACAGCAGUGGUGCAGUCAGGAGUGAUUCCCAUCAUAAGCCUGUUACCAAACCUUGCAGCAAGGCUCUGGAUUCACACAUCAAAUCUGACAAGAUUCCCACAGCAAAGACUUUGGAUGUUUCCCAAAGUCUGGAAAGAGACAGAGCUUCAUCAGAAAGUCAAAGCAGUCCCACUCAUGAAGCCCAUCAGAAGGUUCCAGAGAGAUGUCCUGUUGAAGCCAAAAGCAUUCCAUCUGCUAACACUGAUAGUGCACUCCUCCAGAGAGGCAUUGAUGCUCUGCCAAGAUCUGGAAAGUCUUUUGGAAAGUCUUUGAGGGACUCCCAGCCUAUUCAAGAGGCAGAUGACACAGGAUGUUCUGGAAUGGGCGACACCACAGAAUCAUCGAAGACACUAGGUGGGAACAAGAGCGCUAUGGGCCUGGACACUCUAGAGGAAGAGGAGGAGAAAGCCAGGUUCUUUGCACAGAUAGAGGCAGGAGCUUCAUCAGCUAUAGAUUAUUCCAAAAUGAACAGAGAGUUGGAUUCAAGCCGUUCUACCUUUGCCACUGAGCUCAGGAAAGAGAAUGGGCCAGCAGUGGAGCCUUCUGCUGCAGCAGAAGUUGUGGGAGAGUCUUUGGCCCACUCUGGCUUCCCACAAUGCAGUGAAGAUUUUGAAGAUGAGGAUGGCAGAAAAGAGUCGCAAACGAAGAACUUGAAAUUGUCUCCGGCUCUUGCAAGAGGCCAAUUAUAUGCACAGAGUGGAGGGUCAGAGGUGGAGGCUCUUCAGGAAGCAUACAGACAGAUUCACUCUGUGGAGGGCUGCGAUGGUCACCGCUCUCUCCCUCUAGAGGAUGAAGGGAAGACCGACUGGCCAGUCUCUACACCAUCUCUUCCUCUGCAUGCUCAGCAGUCUCUGCAGCCUUUUUCUACCAACGACUCAGACUUGCCCACAGAAGAGGAGCUGAUGAGGACCAUACGAGCAGAAGACCACACCAGAGGCGUUACUCUGCAGCCUGUCAGUCAGGAACUGAGGAUGUUCCCACGUGUGACUCCAUCAGAGCUGGACCUGGAGCAGCCUGGACAGAGCCACUCUAGAACCACAGAACCACCUGACCUUGACCUGACCUCCAGUAUCAGGAAGGAAGUGGAAAGACUAAUGCAGGAACAGAAUAAACAUUUUCCCCAAACUCUGUCACUGACAUCCAAGGGCUCCUCUGUGUUCCGUUCCUGCAUGCUGUCUGAAAGGAAGCUUCCUCUCACUCCAUCCAGAGGCAGGUUCGGGGACAGCAAGGCAGCUGAGAAGAUUAGCAAAGCUGCUCCACCCAAAGCCCCCCCCUCAAUAAACAAAUCCACCAAAAAACAAGAGCAAGAUAGUGGUGGUGCUGCAGCAGAGUCAGGUGUAAGGGUAAGCAGUGACCUGGUGGUUUCCAUUCAGUCCCUAGUGGCUGUCCUCGAGCAGCAGAUACACACCAGCAGUCUCCAUCAUGCUGCGCCUCAGGACUGCAGCUGUACACAAGCCCCUCCUCAGGUCGCAGACAGUUCUGUGAUUGAGGCAUUAAGAGCACAGCUGGUCCACAAGGAAAAGGAGCUGCAGAUGAUGAAGCAUGAUGCUGAGGAGGUCAACUCACUGAGACAACAGAACUACCUGCUGCAGAGCAAGCUGCGCAGUGCAGAGGAAGCCAGUCAGAGGAGAUGGCUGGAGGCUGCAGAUCCUGGCAAAGAGGACAAAAUCCAGCUAAUAACGAAAGAAUUGAAAGAGCAGGAGAUGCUCAUCAAAGGUUACCAGCAGGAAAAUGAGAAGUUGUAUGUAGAGAUGAAGGCUGAGCAGAGCAGGAGUAAAGCCAUUCAGGACGCCAUGUUUAAUGAGAACCAGGGGCUGCUCAGCCAGCUGGCUGUCACCAGGGAGCAGCUGAGAAGAAGCUCCAGGCCUGUGAGCAACUUGUGCGCAAUGGAUCACACCAAACGCAUCUCUGACUUGUUGGCUCAAAUCAACACCCACCAGCAGAACGAGGCCAGGCUGUGUGAGGAGAACAGCAGGCUGGAGCAGGAGAAGCAGUCCCUGCAGGUGGAGUUGCAGCUGAUGAAAGAGGAGCAGCAGCUGGCCAAAGUGCAGGGCUUCUCCAUCUCAGGGGGAGAUGAGAUGUCUGAGCUGCAGGGCCUGCAGCAGCAGCACAGGGAGGAGAUGGCAGCUCUCAAGAAUAAGCUGCAGUGGUUUGCAGAGAACCAGAAGCUGCUGGACAGAGAUGCUGCCCGGCUAAAAGCAGCAACAGCUGAGAUAUUCCAACUCAAAGAACAGGUGGAAAACCUGAAGAGGGAAGUAGGUAAAAGAAGCACCAAUAUGCAGAGGAAGGCCAGAGACAGACCUGCAGACACAAAGAGAAUGCAGGAUCUGCAGCGGCAGGUGAAGGAAUUGGAGCAGAUCCUGAGAAGCAGGAACCCAAACUCUCUACCAGCCCUUAUCUAUGCUGCAGCCUCGGCCGCUGGCAGGGAGGCCACCUCCAGUGGGACGCACCCCCCCAGCACAGUCAAUGUUUUGCUGGAGCGCAGGAUUCAGCGGCUGGAAUCUGAGCUUGAAAGUCACGAUCAAGAGGCCAAGCGAACCCUGAGGGCCAUAGAGCAACAGUUCCACCAGAUUAAGCUGCGCUACGAGCAACAGAUAUGUGAACUGGAGCAGCAGCUGGCACAAAGACAGCUGCCUGUAGCAGCGGCCACGGUGGCGGAGGCGGGGACAGAUGCAUGGAUGUCUAAAUGUCUGGUUCUGGAAGAGGAGCUGCGGCAGGUCCAGGACAGACACCAACAGAAAGACAAACGUCUGCAGGACCAGAUAGAGUCUCUGCAGCAGCAGCUCAAACACAAGGCACAGCCGAGUCCAGGGCGACACCAGCGCCAAACUGAGGCGGCAUUAGGAGGCCGGAUCAAGUGGCUGAACCAGGAGCUGGCCACUAAGAACCGCACCAUUCAGGAGCUGAGCCGGACCGUAGAGAGGCUGCAGAGGGAGCCCAGGAACAUGAUGUCUAUGCCCCGCCAGCGAUCAGAGAGCAGAGCGCAGGAAUCUGCUGCUGCAGCAGAUAGCAGCACACAAGCAGAAAGGUUUCCUGCAGCUCAGUAUGAGAAAACCUACCAGCCCUCUGUGUUCACAGGAAGCCAGGUCCCUGAGCUGCAGCAAGAGAACAAGGCUCUGAGUCGGUGUAUGGAAGUGCUUCAGCUGCAGAGUGAGCAGAAGAAGGAGGAACUGAAGGCCAACGCUGUUCAGUCAAAGGAGGAGCUGUGCAGGCUGAAAAACGAAUUUGCAGAGCAGCUCUCCUGUGUGAAGGCUGAACACCUCAGGGUGCUGGACCAUCUACAAGCCACCCAUGCCCUGGAGCACUCAUCCUCCAAGGUGGCAGAACUGAGCAAUAAGCUUAACAGCCAGGAGAUAGCAAUGAAACACCAGCAGCAGCAGCAGCUGAAGAAGCUGCAGGAAUGUAAAGAGGCUCUCUCCAUCUCCAGGCACAGAGAAGAAGCUCUGCAGAAGCAGUUAACCAGACUUCUGCAGGAGCUGAAGAAAGCUAAAGAAGCUCAGAGCUCUGAGGUGAAACUUCUGUGCAGUCUGGAGAGGAAGAUCAUUAGCAUGGAGCUCAGACAUGAGCAUAGAGAAAAGGAGCUGCAGCAGGUCAUUGCCGAAACGUUUCAGAUGUCAACAGCUGACCUGCAGUCAGAAGUGGAGCGGUGGCGGCGCCUGGCUCGGGACAAGAGCAGAGAGCUGGACGCUUUCCGCUCGGAGCUGGACUCUAUACUGGACAUCCUGAGAUAUCUGCAGAAACACGGAGCGGUCCUCCCCGCUCUCGAUCCUGGGUGUACAGCCCGUCUCCUAUAGAGUACCAUGGAAACUGUUACCACGGAAACUUCACCCUGCAGAGUUUGCGCUGUAAAACCAGCCAGGACAUAGAAGUCACUGUCCUGUUCUCAGAUCAGUGCUUCUAACAGAGACAGGCAUUUUCAAGUUUUUGUAUCUAAUUUAUUAUUUAUAAAAAAAAAACAACAAAAAACUUUAUAUAUAGUGCGCAUGUGCUAACGUGUAUGCACCCUGUUGUGGUUUCUCCUUAUUGUUUUAUUUUUAAAAUAUUUUAAAUCAUUUUUCAAGUAUUUUAUUUUACCACUGUAAUUAUUUUACUUUGCCAGAAAAGUAUCUUCAACAAUGUUGACUAAGAACAUUAUCUUUUUGUUCGUUGUUGAGAUAAUUUUUAUACUCUGCAGAACGCAACAAUUUGGCUGCAUUGUUUACACCAGGGAUCAGCUGAUUGCGCUGAAACCAACAGGUUUUCUGUUUAUCUGUGCUACUCGUAAAUCUGUGGCCUGCCACAAGCUGGAUUUCAGCCUGAUUUAGUCACUUUCUCAUUUUGUCUCUUGUUGUAAACCUCCUCGCAGAAUUGUGAUCACCGUUAGUUGAGUCUGUUUGGUGGUGAAUUAUCACCCAAGGUAAAGUCUUUUUUCUGUGCUGAAAAUUUAAUACCAUGUCUUCAGUGCAAUUAGACAUAACCUUGUCUAAUAAGUGCUUAAUAAGUAAGAGAUCUAAAUUAAACUUUAUAACACUCCA